AAUCAAACAAAAAAUUGCCUAAAAUAUCUGAUACACCUUCGAAUACUCCACAAACAUCUGUGAAGAAACCACCAAUGAAAUUAUCAAAAUUACUUAAACCUUCUACUACUUCAACACCUAAAAAUGAGGACGUAAAAACAACGAAAAGUGGAUCAACAACCAAAUCAAAAACAAACGAAAAAAUAAUUUCAACACAAAAUAAAUCAAAAUCUAAUAAUAAAACACCGAAAACUUCUGUUAUUAAGACGGUUGAAAAAGCAACAAAAGAAGUGAUAAAGAAGGAAUCGAAAAUUGAAGAAGUAAAAGAAGUUGUUCAGCCAUCUCCAACUGUAAUUAAUUUAGAGGAGGAUCAAGAAGAAGAUGUUUGGAUAUGUCCAGUUUGUUCUGUUGCUUAUGUAGAAAAUGGUCCUGAUAUGGUUGCUUGUGACACUUGUGAUAGAUGGUUUCAUUGGAGCUGUGUGGGAAUUUUAAUUCCUCCGCCAGAUAAUGCUUCUUGGUAUUGUAGUGAAUGCAAAAAGAAAAAUAAGAAAAUUUCGGGUACAAAUAGUGGUGGAAAUACUAGUCGAAAGUCUUCGAUUGGAGGGGGAACUUCAAAUAAGAAGCGUUUAAAAUAAAUAAAAGAUUUUAACGAUUUUGUGCCUUGUU